AUGGAGCGGAAAGAGGAAUUCCAACAAUUAAACCAAAAUAUUAUUAAUGAUGCCAAUGUUGACGAAGAGUGCAAAAUUGAGAAUGUCAAAAAUAAUGCAAUUUUGGAGUUGGAGCGUAUUGGACCUCAUUCUAAACACUUUUCAACAUUGUGGUUGGCUGGUGACAUGAGAAUUGAUCCAGUCGAGCAUAUGAAGGAGUCAAUGGAUGAGGAACAAAAUGGUCGCGAUGAUAGCGAUGAAGCUCUUGAUUAUGAUGUUGGUGUAGCAGUUGAGUUUGAGGAUAAUGAAGACGAAGAAGAAGAUGAAGAGAGUGAUCUUGAUGAUGAAGAGGAGGAUGAUGUUGUGCUGGAAGCCGAUGGUUCUGGCGCUAUGCAGAUGGGCAGUGGCAUUGAGGAAGAUGAGAUGCAAGAGGCAGAUGAAGGAUGA